UUGGCUUGGCGCCUCUACGACAACAAUAGCAGCACCACCGGAGCCCUCCUGGCCGCCUCGCCUCGAGAAGCCGCGAAGAGGCGAGAGGAAAGGGGCAAACUGCGGGAUCACGCCAGGCACUUGGCCCAGUGCAGAAUAGAAGAGGAACAACACAAGCGUAAGUGGUGGGACGAGCAGAUCAAGGAGCGGGACUGGACCAUGCAGCUGAUGAUGGCACUGUUGGACCCCACGCUGUCGUGUGCUCAGAAAAACGACCAGAUCCAGAAGCUGCGCGAGCAGUUCAUAGUUGCUGUGAGGCAGGGCGUCAGCAAGAUCUUCAAUUCUAAGAAAUCCCACUCAGCAUUCAAGUUCAACGGAUACGCGGUGGGGCCUGGGGAGGACGUCUACGCCACCGGCGGCAUCCGCUUCCAGCAGGUCAGCUCCAGCGCCCAGGCCAGCCGCUUCUUCAGACUAAUGAACGGCACUAGGGUCCGGCAAGAGGUGUUGGACUGCAAGAUCAACGGUGUGCUGAUCCCGCUGUCGGCGGUGGUCGAGUUCGGGGGUCUCUUCUUCUGCGCCAGCGCGGUCUAUUCCGUGGAGAAAGUGCUGUCGCUGGGCGGCAGUGACGGCACCCCUUCUCCCACUCAGAGUGAUGAAGACAAGCUCACGGGCAGGAUCCUGCAGCUGGCCAAGGCUCUCAACCUGCGGUGCGAUUUCAAGAAGCUGGUGACCGUGAACGACUCCAAUGUCAUCUUGCGAGCGCAACCGUGGCUCCUCAAGGGCUAUAAGGCGCCGGCAAAGGACAUGUUUGUGCUCGACAAUCUGCAGCAACUGUUCCCUGACGAUGUUCGGCCUGAACUGCUCACAAUUCACCCCAGGCCCUUCAGCCAGGCCAAAGACCCGAUCGGUCGACGCAAGUACUUGCGGACGGUGCGAGCGCUCCUGCGGACAAAGGUGGUCGACGUCGCCCUAGCGCUGGACAGCGCCUGCCGCGGGAAGGACGGCGACGAGACGUUCGCGCUGGCCCCGGACACCAUCGCCGACCACCUCCACCGGGCCGGCCUCAGCCUGCGGUACCUCGGCCAGGUCUACGCGCGCCUCGGAGAAGAGCUCGCCCGGCGCGAGGUCAUACGCGAGAUGGUCCAGCGCGCGAUCAAGGUGAUCGUGCGCGGCCACAUCACCAAUGGCGUUGACGCGGCGGCCAAGGAGAUUCUCAACGCGAUCUUUAGUAGGCUGGGCGACAGAAUGUGGCGCAGCGAUGGCGUGAUCCAGCGCAAGAUCGAGGACAAGUUCUUCCUGGCCUGGCCCGGCGCGCGGUUCAUGAGCCACGAAGACGAAGCGAGAGAGGCGCUGCGCCUGACGCGGACGUCGUCGUCGAUGAUCGACGAAUCGGACGACGACAGCGAGAGCGAGGGCAUGAGCGUGGAGUCCGAAACGGGCAGAAUGAUGUCAACGACAACCACCUCGAGCACAUCGUCGAGCAGCCACGAGUUGUUUGUGAAUCCGAGCAAUGCUGCGGCGUCGACCACUUUGGUACCGUCAGCCUGGCCGGUGCUGUCGCCGGUCGACGCCACGCUCUGGCAAACGCUCCACUCGCGCCAGAAGCGAAAGCUGGGCGAGAACGGCGGCGAACAGACGCUGCAGUCUGGCGGCGACGCGGCGACGCCCAGCGACAGCGGAAAGCGGAAGGCCAAGCGGCGCCGUUUCGAGCUGGCGGCGCUCGAGGAGGCCCUCAACCAGGUCGAGGAGGAGCGAAGCGAUGUCGACAAGAAUAGGAGCGUGAAGGGCAAGGAGAAGGCGGACCAAUCGGCUGCUGCUGAGGACGACCAGAACGAUGACGACGGCGACGCGGUGGGCGAUCAGGAGCGAUUCAAUCUGACCUACUCUCGCGCCAAGGUCUUCGGGCAGAUCUUUGUCAAUGGUCAGAGCCACACCAUGAAGGCGUUGGGCAUUGAUGCUGGGCAGCUCUUUGUUCAGCUUCGCAUAGAUCUCGGGACGCCUUUCUCAAACGAGGAGAUCACACUCAAGCCCGUGGUCUCUCGCUGCACGACCUACGCCAUCCCCGCAGAAGCCACGCACUCGGCGUUGAACUUGGGCUGUGCGCUGAACAACAGCGACUACUCGGACGUCCAGUUCGUGUUCCCCGACGAAGGAGUCACCUGCUACGGCCACAAGGUGAUCUUGGCCUCGCGGUCGGAGUACUUUGCGCGGCUCUUCUCGUGCGGACUCAAGGAGAGCCGCGAGGAGAAGCCCGUGGUGGAGAUCAAGGAGCUCAGCUCGCACACCUUCCUGGCCAUGCUCAAGUAUGUCUACAUCAACGACGUCGACUUUGCCGAUCGCGUUUCAAUUGGGCGGACUCAAAAAGCUGUGCGAGGAGCGCCUCGCCUCAUCCUUCUCCCUGCCCACCGCCAUCCGCCUCCUCACCGCCUUCAACAUAUCCGAGGAUCUGCGCAAUCAGUGCAUUUCAUUCGUGUUGGCGCACUGGGGCGAGCUGGAGAAGACAGACGAGUUCAGGGACCUCAUGCUCUACUACCCCGACUUGCUCCAGGAGAUCUACGGCUCGCUCGCCAUCGAAGAGUGCGACAUCACGGGGACCGGGGAUCAACUCCUAAUCGAGAGCAAGCUGCAGGAAAAUUACAUGCGACCCUCGUCCGCUGCUCUGCGCCUUCGCAACGACCAGCAGGAGCUGCACGAUCACCCCCUCCCGGAUGUGAACGCCAUCCAGGACAACCUCAAUCCGCUCAUGUGGACGGCCAAGGUCAGAUCCCUCAUGGGCGAGGAGAUCGACGAGGGUCUGUCGGCUUUCACCCUGCUCUUCAACGACGACUACCCCAACGACCCACCUCUGGUGCGGUUCAAGUGCAACCGGAGCCACCCGAACGUCUUCUCCGACGGCUUUCUGCACCACGGCGUGUUGUCCCUGGGGUGGAACUGCACACAGACCGUCAAAGACAUUCUCCAGAAGCCGAUGGCGGAAUACCCGGCCAACCUGCACUGCCCCCAACCCGUGGGCACCAGCACUGUGUCCUCCCAGCCCGUCGACUCGGCCGGUCAUCAACAGCAGGAGCAGGAGGAAGAGGAGUCCUCCAUGCAAGAGGCGCUUGA